AUGGAAGAGCUGAGACGAAUGGAGUCUCGAAGGGCUGCAGCCAUCCCUGCUGACGAUCUCUCGGGUGCGCCGCUGUCAGUCAGACUUCUUCUAGCCAGCUCCGUCGUGCUUAUGAUCUUGGGACUCUUCUUUAUGGCUUGCUAUGCCGUCUUGCCCAGUGGGGCCAUGGUGCAGGAGCUGAUGUUUGCACUAGUCUGCAUGACGUUUCUGACCGGAAGCCUCUCGUGGAUGGCUCUGGUCCGGUGCCACUUACACCAGCAGGCGACGCGCCAGGAGGAGAAGGAGGUGUCGCGGAACUCCCAUGAGCAUGUGUGGGCGUCGAUGCCGUUUCAGUCACUGGCUACGGGGCGUCCCGAGUUCCGACUGAUGCAGGUCAGCUCGGUCUUUCUUUGCUCGCAGUUCUUCCGGACUAAGGACUUCUCGCCCAAAGUUGCCAAGAGUCAUGCUGCCAAUGACGCUGCGUCUGUGACGUCUAAGAGGGACUGGGCAGUUGUCUUGCUGCCCGGCAAAGGGCGUGGCCUCGUCGCUUCACGUUCUGUGGAGGCAGGAGAACUCUUGAUGGUGUCCCAGGCCCUCUUCUUGGCCCCAGCAGACCAAAUACAGCAACUGGCUGUGAGCUGGAUCCUGGAGGCUACUCCCCGGAAGAAGCAGCAGUUCUACUCCUUGUUCGAUGGAACCAAUGGCCACCUUCUGCCCUCUUUGGAUCUGUACCGCCCCGGCCGUGAUGCAGAGCCAGCACCAGGAGGUCUUCCGGAUCGUUUACAUCCAGAUCGCAUCUACAAGAUCCUGGCCCUAAACGGCUUCCAGGCGGACAAGUUUCACGCCGCAAGCGCCACGGAUCCCGGUCGGGCGAAAGACCUUCUGAGGCCAAACGAUGAAGAGCCGGGGGCUGCAGUCUCUGGGCUAUGGGCCGUACCGUCCUUGAUGAACCAUGCAUGUGUCCCCUCGACGCUAACGGUGCCCCUCAGCCGGGCGACAUUGGCCUUCGUGGCGGCUCAUCCAAUCGAAGCUGGCGAAGAAAUCACCUUCCGCUACUGCACUCUGAUGAUGCCAGUGGAGCUCCGCCGCACCGAACUCCGGCGUCAAAAAGGCUUCGACUGCCAGUGCAAGCGAUGCACUCUCGAAGCUGAAGCUAUUCCGGCUGAGCUGGCCCAACGGCUUCUCCACGUGCAGCAGCGCGCUGCCAAGCUGGAGCUAAAGCCUGAAGACUUCUUGGCAGCCUUGGACGAGGUAGCUGCCGUCACCCGUCGCGAGAUCAGCUCCUGCGCAUCGCACUGGGCUGCAGCGACGCCAGAUGCAGAUGCAGCUUGCGUCACAGAGGCUCUGCUGGCCAGCUAUGCAUCGGUUUUCGUUGCACGAGCCAUGGCCACGGAACAGGCUGCCGGGCCCAGUCGGCGCUUUGAGGCCUGGGACGAAGUUUGCAAGAUCCUGCAGAAGGUGGAGCCCUGCUCACCAAACCACCUCCACGCAGCUUUUCAGCGCUUCCUCGCUGCCUCGCCCGCAGCUGCACCAGAAGCCUUGGAUCAGGUGUGGUCGGCAUGGCUUGGUCGCCACGGCGUUUUGCAGGUCAGCGACCACGCCGACUGGCCUGCGUCCGUCCAGCGACUCACGCGCUUCAGCGGACCGGAGCACUCUGCCGCCCUGGAUGCCUUCCUCGCGGCCAUGUCGCCCCCGGAGAAGGGCCAGGGUCCCAUUACUUCCCUGGCGACGGCGCAGCGCGUGAGCGCGGCUUUGCAGCGCCUCCGAAGCCAUGGCUGGCAUCUUCGGGCGCCACGCACCGAGGCCGACACAGAGGUACAAGCGACACCUUCACGGCCGGAGAGUCGACCCGACGAGCCGGGCAUUUGCCAGUGGAAGAGAAAGGGGGAUGGAUGGCAGCUCCUUAUCUUUGGUUACGGUGCGGACGCCAAAGUCGACGUGGCGGCUGCCACGCUGCGCCUCGCGCCCGGACCAGAGGCAGCGGCAAGAGGCCGCGAAAAAAUGGAGGUGGACCUGUUGCAGGUGCUGCCAGCUCCUGUCGACCCUGCUGCUGUGAAAGCGCGGAUGGUUCGAGCAGGAGGCGACACUGCGCUCCGAAUCGAUUUUCCUAGCCAGACCAUGUCCGGCGAGGAGAGAAAGAGAAAGCCCGACGUGCUGGAAGGAGGACUUGCAGAGUUGCCAGCUCUCAGUUCCAUGAUGCGGAUGUCCUCGCUUGACGAGCCUCAGCUCUGCUUGAAGACGCGCACCUGCAAGGCGGACAUAUGCAGGUUUUACUUUAGCGCUGCCAGCUCUGCGUACAACUUCCUCUGGAAGCUGCACCGAAAAUAUUACUCGGCAGAGCCUAGCUUUCGGGCGUUGGAAGCCCAGGAGGUCUCUGAGGAUGACGACUUAGGAAAGAAUGCGGCGCAGAAGACCUUCAAAGAGAAGAUGUUGAUUCCGGUUGUGUUCGUGCUCUUUGUCUUGAUCCGGGCCAUGGAUCGCAUCUUCCUCUACAGAGUGCAGAAAUCCAUGCAGAACUAUACAGGCAUCGUCAUGAGCCUCUACUGGCCCCCGAUGGUGCAGCUCAUGUGUUUCUUCGUCUCUCUCGGGUACCUUGCCCGCAAACGCUACCUCGACGGCGACAAGUCCUUCAACAUGAGGUGGUUCUCUCCCUUCAGCCCAAGGGCUUCCUCGCAGGGGCCUGUGCCGCAGUGCUGGAUUGCCCAGUUUGCUUUCUGGGACCAGUUGAAUGCCAUCGUCAGCGCACCACCCGGUCCUUUCAUUCCGAUGGUACUGCAGACGCCGCUGAACAACUUGAACGUACUCUUCACCGCCUUUAUCGCCUUCUUCUACCUGAAGACCCGUUACAAGAUGGUCCACUAUGCCGGAAUCAGCCUCAUCCUUUGUGCCUGCCUCGUGGGUGUCGUGGUUGAGUUGCAGGGCCCUGACCCUAUCCUUUGCAAGGGGCUGAAACAGGCGAAGGAAGCCAUGAGCCAAUCUUCGGUUGCUGCCCUGGUUCCGGAAUCGGUCCGAGCAACGGUCACGAAGGCCUCAGAUGAUUGUGUCAUCGGCCUUCCUCCCUACAAGAACGCACAGGGGGAGCUGGUCCAUGUGGACUUCGGCAUCCUUCUCUUCAUGUAUGCCCUCUUUAUUGUGGCCAUCAUCCCUUCUGCGUUCUCGAACUGCUACAAGCAGAAGAAGCUGAAGCAAGUGAACUUGGACGUGAUGUGGUCCUUUUUCUGGGCUGGGAUGUGGCAGGUGAUCUGGGGCUUCUUGAUGUUCCCGCUCAACUGGAUUCCAUGGCCCGAGCCUGGGGGCAAGAACGAGCAGUCUCCCUCCAAGUUGGGUAGAGAUUUGGCAGACUCCUGGACUUGCUUUAUGGGAACGAACCCCAAGCCCGAGGUUACUAGCUGCGAUGCUGAGCCCGCCUAUGUGUGGUUUGGCUUCUACCUCCUCUUCAACGUCUUCUUCAACCUCUUUUUCUUGUGGCUCAUCAAGCGGCUAUCAGGUACCUGGGCGGCCAUCGGCUCCAUCCUUUGCGGCAACCUCUGUGGAAUCUUCAGCCAGUACGAGAUUUUUGCCGGACCGUCCGCACGCAAGCUCACCAUGGAGCAGUGGUUGGCGCUAGUGUUGUCCUCGAUUGCCAUGUGGGUUUACAACAUCGAGGAAGAGACCGAUAUCGAUGGCAACAGCGUCUAUGCCGAGAAGCCGAAGGGAGACCAUCGAUAUGACGAGCACGGGCCGAUGGGCCUUGACCCGGAGUCGGACUACGAAUCCGAGGACGAGCCCGAAGCUGAAUCGCACGGGAAUUUCUGA